AACCACCUCCGCAGUUUGUUAGCCAACAUAGCCGAAAUAUUCAAGCUAUUUAGACUCUUUCGGUCUAUAUUAGCUACCGUGUUUUAGACACAAUUCUGUCGUAUCUACAUGUUAACCUAUUUAAUUUAAUAUUACGUUAUUUUGUAUUAGUCAGCUGUAGUAGAUGGCUGGUUAAGUUAGCACUAGUCUAGUCGCUAAUGAUAGCUAGCUAGCUAGCUAACAUCCCCGAACAUGAGCUUCCUAAACUUCUCUCCUCCUGCUAAAGAAGAGGCAGUCUGCUGGACGGAGAAAGAAGCUCUGGGGCUGAACAUUGUCGUGAAAGAGGAGAAGGAAGAAGAGGCGGUCACAGUUAAAAAACAAGUAGAGGGUGAGGCUGUUACAGUGAAAGAAGAGAAAGACGCUUCAGUGAAAGAAGAGGAAGGCGCGUUCAGAGUGAAAGGAGAGGAGGAGGAUGUUACUGUGAAAGAAGAGGAAGAGGAGGAUGCAGUUUUUGGAGUGAAGAAGGAAGGAGAGAUUACUGUCACAUUGAAAGAUGAAGGGGAGAUAGGAGAUCUGAGUAACACCAGAGAGAGACAUGACUACCGUGGAUCCUCUGGGGAGCCUCAACAACCUCAUGAUGCUGACAAGGCAGAGAAGAGUCCCUCCACAUUAGAACACCUCAAGAAACACCUGCAGAGAUCCACAGGGAAGAUAUCUCACUGCUGUUCUGACUGUGGGAAGAGAUUCACCUCAGCAGGCAUUAAAAUUCAUCAGAGAAUCCACACAGUAGAGAAAUCGUAUAACUGUACUCAAUGUGGAAAGAGUUUUACUCAUUCAUCCAGCCUGAUAUCACACCAGAGAACACACACAGGAGAGAAACCUUAUAGCUGUACUCAAUGUGGGAAGAGUUUUAUUCAUUCAUCCAGCCUGAUAUCACACCAGAGAACACACACAGGAGAGAAACCUUAUAGCUGUACUCAAUGUGGGAAGAGUUUUAUUCAUUCAUCCAGCCUGAUAUCACACCAGAGAACACACACAGGAGAGAAAUCUUAUAGCUGUACUCAAUGUGGGAAGAGUUUUACUCAUUCAUCCAGCCUGAUAUCACACCAGAGAACACACACAGGAGAGAAACCUUAUAGCUGUACUCAAUGUGGGAAGAGUUUUACUCAUUCAACCAGCCUGAUAACACACCAGAGAACACACACAGGAGAGAAACCUUAUAGCUGUGGUGAAUGUGGGAUGAGUUUUACUCAGCAAAGCAGCCUGAUAUCACACCAGAGAACACACACAGGAGAGAAGCCGUAUAGCUGUGAUGAAUGUGGGAAGAGUUUUGAUACAUCUAGCCAUCUUACUGUACACCAAAGAUCACACACAGGAGAGAAACCGUAUAGCUGUACUCAAUGUGGGAAGAGCUUUUUUACAUCUAGCCAUCUGAAGAUACACCAGAGAAUACACACAGGAGAGAAACCUUUUAGCUGUACUCAAUGUGGGAAGAGUUUUUUAACAUCUAGCCAGCUGAAGAUACACCAGAGAACACACACAGGAGAGAAACCAUAUAGCUGUGGGCAAUGUGGGAAGAGUUUUACUCAGCUAAGCAACCUGAUAUCACACCAGAGAACACACACAGGAGAGAAACCGUAUAGCUGUGAUGAAUGUGGGAAUAGUUUUACAAAGUUGUGUAAUCUGACUCUUCACCAGAGAACACACACAGGAGAGAAACCUUAUAGCUGUGCUCAAUGUGGGAAGAGUUUUUUUACAUCUAGCCAUCUGAAUAUACACCAGAGAACACACACAGGAGAGAGACCUUAUAGCUGUGAUCCAUGUGGGAAGAGUUUUACUCAGCUAAGCAGCCUGAUUUCACACCAGAGAAUACACACAGGAGAGAAACCUUAUAGCUGUACUCAAUGUGUGAAGAGUUUUACUCACCUAAGCAGCCUGAUUUCACACCAGAGAACACACACAGGAGAGAAACCCUAUAGCUGUGAUCGAUGUGGGAAGAGUUUUACUCAGCUCAGCAGCCUGAUAUCACACCAGAGAAUACACACAGGAGAGAAACCUUAUAGCUGUACUCAAUGUGGGAAGAGUUUUACUCACAUAAGCACUCUGAUAUCACACCAGAGAACACACACAGGAGAUAAACCAUAUAGCUGUAAUGAAUGUGGGAAGAGUUUUGUUCAAUCUGGCAAUCUGACAGUACACCAGAGAACGCACACAGGAGAGAAAUUGUACAGCUGUAAUCAAUGUGGGAAGAGUUUUGUUCAAUCUGGCAAUCUGACAGUACACCAGAUAACACACACAGGAAAGAAAUCUUGAGAUAAUCUGAUACAACUCUGAUCAAGUUUUAUCUGAUCAAGUAAUAGAAAAUACAUACAUGGAGUGGUUUCAUGAUAUCAAGUAAUUCAUGUCACAAUGUGGACUGUUAACACAUUGUAGUAGGAGUAUUUUAAUAUUGUCACAAUGUAGAAGCCUAAUUGUAUGCCCCCUUAUCAUUUGAUUUCAACAUGAUAUGGAUAUUAGCCUCAGGGGGAAAAUCCAGGCUCUGAAUUGAAAGAGUACUAUUGUGAUUUAACAAAAAAAUGUACUAACAAAAAAAGAGUUGUGUUACACUUGAAUAAAAAUGCAACACUUCAAAAUGUAGCGAGCUGUUUUCUACAAAUUGUCCUCUAACCAGGGAUGUACACAUCAUUACUCCCAGAUUCCGUGUGGUGUUUGAGCAGUUAGUUUUAACAGGAUGUCCCUCCCUCUCUCGCACGAUGACAAGUAAGUGUUGCGGUUCUCUUAGUGUUGGGGACCCAUAAACUCAAAAUGUAGCUGACUGUCUUCUGCAGGUUGUCUUCUAACCAGUAAGCUAAAAGAUAUCUCCCAUUUCCAUGUCUUUUUUUUAGUUUCAACAGCAAGUACAACCUGAUUUACCCCCUAAUUGAUAUCAGUGAUUUAUUGCUGCUUGUGUCCAUGGUGAGGACAACUUGGUUUCUGAUUGUCUCAAGGUUGGGCAGUCAAAAAGAUUUGUGUUUUGUGUUUAGCCACUGCGUUCCAUGGAUUCUUGUUUGUAAUUGUUGACUGCCAGUAGACACCAUGUUUAUAUUGGUGAAGGUGAAGCAUUGUAGUUGAUUAUAAUGUGAAAUGGAAGUUGUUUUCUGUUGGUGGUGCGCAAUCUCUUAAUUAAUGUGUUACAGUCUUUGGUUUUUCCAUUUAUGUUUUGAGGUUGAACUUUAGCGGGUAUAGCUCGUUAGCACAUAGGGCGCACUGAUUGGUGUCACCUCGUUAGUAUGUGUUACACCUGUGCUGGCUUGUCCAUCUCGUUAGUGGGAAGGUGUUUCACCUGAGCUGGUCCAGGUUCUAUUUAAGAGUGUCUGGCCCAGUGCUCCAGUUGUCUUGAUAGAUGUGGAGAGUCAACACCUUUUAGUUGCUCCACUUUUUUGGUUUACUUCCUGUCUGUAAGUUUGGUGUGAGUUAUUGUUUCCCUCUUCUUGGGCAGAUUUAGUGGGUCUCAUGGUGUGUCUUUUAUGUCCCAGUUUUUGUUACUAGUCAACUUUCAGUGAACACAGAGCAAAACUGCAACGUUAUGUUAUAAUGCUUUUAUUGGAUCAAAUAGUUGUUUUUUGCAACAUAAUAGAGUUUUCUUAUAACUAUUGCGUCUGUGUAUUCAACUGAGGAUGGUCCUCUGGGGGAUAACACUGACAGGAGCUUUACAAUGUCUUUUGGGUGAUAAAACCUAAAGUGACCGCAUUCCAGAGCAUGAGUUAAUGUUUCUGUUCUAUAUGGUACCAGGGCGAGAUGACCACAGGGCCAGACCCUGGUCUCUACACAGAGAGACCAGGGUACUAUUAGGGGUUCCUAUUUACAGCAGAUACUGUCUCCUGUAACCUUGUUACCCGUUCUUUAUGUCUAUCGUUGGUCUUGUAGGUUGAAAAGGGUUUAACUUGGCUAUAAAAGACCUUUGUACUUUUGUCUCGUGGCUCUCAACAAAUAAUCUGGGGGUGGUUUGUCGACCAGCCAUUAUCGUAGAGCACUCAAUUGAUUCACUUUAUAUGUGUGCGUUGUAUUGAC